AUGAGGGAUUUGGACGAUAUCACCAGAUUUCGGGCCAUUGUUGUGGUGUCGGGCGACGGACUGUUGUACGAAGUGGUCAACGGAUUGACGCAAAGGGCGGAUACGCUGAGCGAAGGCCGCAUUCCGGUGCCGUUGGGUAUAAUACCGGGCGGUUCUGGCAAUGGUUUGGCCCAUUCGGUGAACCAGGCGUUUCUCAAUCGCGUCAAAUCAAUGGAUCCGGUGUAUGACUGCACACUACACGUGACUCAGGGCCGACCGGUGCCCAUGGAUUUGGUUCGGGUCACCACUGCUCACAAUACUUACUACUCAUUCCUGUCGCUCGGGUGGGGACUGAUGGCCGACAUUGACAUCGAGAGCGAGCGGUUACGUAUGUUAGGAGAGCCCAGGUUUACGAUUUGGGCGCUCUAUCGGUCGUUUGUGUUGCGCAAGAAUAGGGCGACACUCAGCUAUCUUCCGGCCGACACGAGUACCGCCGCCACACCUGUGCCCGCACUUCACGAGCCGCUCACUGACCACUGGGUCACCGUUGAGGACACUUUCGUACAGAUCUACUCGUCAUUCCAGUCGCACAUCAACUCGACGGCUGUGUUCGCGCCGGCGGCCACUCUCGACGACGGCCUCAUUUGGUUGCUCUUCAUUCGGGGCAGUGUUUCCCGCAAACAAGUCAUUCAAUUUCUGUUGGCUCUGGAAAAGGGCAAACACCCGACCCUACCCUACAUCACCUUUUUGCCGGUCCGCGCCUUUCGGAUCGAGCCGUACGCCAAUGUCGGCCGCAUUACCGUCGAUGGAGAACUAGUCGAGUCCGGUCCUGUCCAGGCACAGGUCGUGCCCCGAAUGGCAGCCAUAUUGACCCGAUAG